AUGGCUUCAUCAGGUAUCAAGCGGCCUCAUGACGAUGAAUUGACUUCGAGCAGGCGACAUGAUCGAGAACGAGAACGAGGUCGGGAUCGACACGAUGAAGAUCGACGUUCGAAACCCCGUGAUUGGAGAGAUGCCUUCUUAGAUGAAGAUGAACCUAAACGAAGGAGAAGUAGAUCUCGCGAAAGAGAUAGGGAUUAUAGGAGAAGGGAUGAACAUAGGGACAGGAGAUAUAGUAGGGAUUACGAUGAUAGGCGAAGAGGAGGAGGAUUAGAUUAUAGAGAGAAGGAGAGGGAUCAUCGUGAACGUGAGCCCUCAAAGGGAGAAUAUCAUAAACGACAUAAUCAUAGUGACCGAAAUGAUCAUGCUACUAGUCGAAAUGAUAAAACCCAAUUAGCGAAAGAUGAUGAAAAGGAGGAAGGCGAACUCGAACCUUCACCUCCCAGACCAUCUGUUCCUCUUCCUGUAGCUGCGUCACCCUCACAUUCAUCAGUCACUCUCAGUCCAUCUCGACCGACCAGUCGACCACCGCCAGCAGGUCCAAAGGCGAGCUUCCAAUCGCUCGCCAUGCCCUCUCAACCCCGUGGUUCAACUCCCUCUCGGCCACCUCCACCUGCCAAUCGAUUUUUUGAAUCCGAAUUAUCCGCUUCCCAAGCUCCAAAGGUAGAAGAUGCUAAGCCUGAGGAGGAGGAAGAGCCAAUCAGUGUGCUAGAAGAGGAAGUGGACACUGAAAAGCUCCUGGAGGAAAGAAGAAGGAAAAGAGAGGAAAUCAUGGCCAAAUUCCGGGCUAAUGGUGGAAAGCCCACGACCGUCACUACCCCCAAGAUGGUUCAAGGAGAUUUACCUGGUCCUGGGACCGGUGCGGAGAGUGUCACUAGUGCAGGUACAAGAACGGGAUAUCAGACUGGAUAUUCGGUCACUGGUGCUACACCCCUACUCAAGCAAUUAGGUGCACACUCAGUAACCGAUACAUUACCUGGCACUUCUGCACCUACACCUAUCGGCAAUUCACCAGCUCUGGUUUCUACGCCAAUGGGCAACGAUUUCGAUCUAACGAAAAGGGCCGAUUCGGACGGCGAAGCUGAACUUCCGGCUGAUACUCGUUCUCAAGGUGUUGGAGCGGAUAUGAUGAUCUCAGCAGCAGAUUACGAUCCUACUCAAGAUACGAUGGCUGAUCAGGAGAAGAGAAAGAAAGAUAUGGAAGCUAUGCAAGUGAAACCAUCUGAUAUCGCAUCAGGUGUAGGAGAACCUAUAGCUGUAGUUCCAAGUCCACAAGCGGACGAAGAAGAGUGGGAAGAAGUUGAAAUUGAAGAGGAGGAUGAAGAUGAUGAUGAAUUUGAUAUGUUUGCUGAGUUUGGUGAUGAACCGAAAGAGAAAAAGAAGAGGAAAGUUACCAUACGUCGACCUAAGAAUGGUGGUAAAGCCAAUGGAAAUAAGGUGGAAUACGUCAAGACGAAACCUGCUAGUACGAUUGCAGCUGAGGUGGUAGAUAAUGUUGAUGAUACAGAGGGAUACUAUAGAAUCACACCAGGUGAAAUUUUAGAUGAUGGUCGAUACCAAGUCACGAUCAGCUUAGGUAAAGGGAUGUUCUCAGGAGUGGUGAAAGCGAAAGUCCUGAAAGCGGUCAAUCAGGAAAGAAGGCAGGAUGUGGUGGGUAAAGAAGUUGCUAUCAAGGUGAUCAGAAGUCAGGAGAGCAUGUACGUGGCAGGAAGAAAGGAAGCUCAGAUCAUCAAAAAGCUGAAUGAUGCUGAUCCGGAGGAUAAGAAACAUAUCGUCAGGAUGGAGAGGACUUUCGAACACAAAGGUCACCUGUGUAUCGUGACUGAAUCUAUGAGUAUGAACUUACGAGACGUCAUCAAGCGAUUCGGUAAAGAUGUCGGACUGAAUAUGCGAGCUGUUCGGGCAUAUGCCCAUCAGCUUUUCUUAGCACUGAGCAUGUUGAGAAAAUGUGGUAUAGUGCAUGCGGAUAUCAAGCCCGACAAUGUAUUAGUAUCUGAAAACAAAGCUACGCUCAAAGUCUGUGACCUUGGUUCAGCAGCCGAGAUUUCGGAAGGUGAAAUCACACCAUACCUCGUAUCGAGAUUCUAUCGUGCACCAGAAAUCAUUCUCGGUCUACCGUACGAUACAUCCAUAGAUAUGUGGUCGAUCGGAUGUACACUAUACGAGUUAUACACUGGCAAGAUCCUUUUCCCUGGUCGAUCAAACAAUCACAUGCUAUUGCUUCAAAUGGAGUUGAAAGGGAAAUUGAAUCAUCGAAUGAUCAAGAAAGCCAAUUUUGGGAAUUUACAUUUUGAUGAAUCGUUAAAUUUCAUUUCUAUCGAGAAAGAUAAGAUCACUGGUCAGGAUGUCGCAAAGACAUUGGUCAUUUCCAAAGCUACCAAAGACCUGCGAGCUAGAUUGUUACCUCCGUCUUCUGUCCAACUGAAAAUGAAAGAUGAAGAAUUGAAACAGAUACAGAAUUUCGUGGAUCUACUGGAUAAAUGUCUUCAGCUUGAUCCGUCCAGACGGAUUGCACCUCGAGAUGCGCUCGUACAUCCUUUCUUGACUGGUGCAUAG